AAAGUGUGAUGAAGCUGUGGAAAACGACGAAGACGAACGCGAAAGCCACAAACUCAGCCCAUUCCCACCGUUCAAACUCACACUCACACACACACUCUCACAACAAUCUCUCUUCACAAAUCCCAAAACAUUUCGAAAAUGCUCCUUCCCAAAACCCUAACGCUUCUCGUCUCCUCCGUCGCGAUUCUAACCAUCGCCGGCGGUUUCCAUAGCGCCGUCGCGUUCGGCGGAAACGGAGGAGGUAACACAAACAAUGUCUACUCUCCUUGCUCCGACACGAGGAUCCAGAGAUCUGACGGAUUCACAUUCGGAAUCGCCUUCUCUUCGCGUCCGUCUUUCUUCCUCAACCAGACGGUUCUCUCUCCCUGCGACCGUCGACUUAGCCUCGCCGCCAUGAACUCUCAGCUCUCUGUCUUCCGUCCAAAGAUCGACGAGAUCUCACUACUCUCUAUCAACACCUCCGCUUUCUUCCCGGACAACUAUGGUGGAUAUAUGGUUGCAUUUGCUGGUCGGAAAUACGCGGCGAGGUCUCCUCCGGCUUUUAUAGCUAACACAACCUUCACCGUAACCAGUUUUACUUUGGUGAUGGAGUUUCAGAAAGGUAGGCUUCAGAACCUAUACUGGAAGAGAGAUGGGUGUGCGUCGUGCAAAGGGAAUUCAAACUUUGUGUGUCUCAACAAGCAAGAUUGUGCUAUCAGAACGCCGAGCUGCAAAGGCCGUGGAGGUACAGUGGACUGUAGUCUCGGUAUCCAGCUGGCGUUUUCCGGCACCGAUAAACACUUGGCGGUUCUCAACUCGUGGUAUGAAGUCGAGAACCUUAAGCAGUAUUCUCUUUACGGUCUUUAUUCAAACCUCAAGAGCUCGCUUACCAGUCAGUUCAACAAUUUCUUCUGAAGCUUUUUCACAGUCUUGAAGAGGUUUAGUGUUUGUUUUGUAGCAUGUAGUAGGUAACUUUCUUUUGGUGACUUAUCUAAUUAGUUCAUGGAAUGUAAGACCAAAUUCGCAGAAAUGGUUAUGGUAGGAACCGGAAUUUGAACCGGAACGUCUCUAUUCCGGAAUCUAACACCAAAUCUGGUUUGUUUUAACU